ACAACACUUGGCCGGAGGAAUCAUUAGCUCAAUGAAUGCCAAAUGAUUGGAACUAUACUUGUAACAGCGAACCUCCAUCUACUGCGCGCCGCAGAAACCUUCCCUUCGCAAGAAAAGCAAAGUCAUAAUCCAUGGCUGCAAUGAGAAACGAAUCAACAGCGCCCGGCAUGGCAAAUGGUGCUCAAAUUCCGCUGAAUGAUUUCAACCUCCCACAGCUUCCGACUGAGGCCGGCGGCCUCAUAGCUCUGACACUAACGUCGGUAAUCAGUGUGGAGCAGUACGGCAAUGUGCUGCAGCAACCGUGGAAAGUGACUCAUCUACCGCCUUCAAUACAGUCUCUCACGCUGGAAUCUUUUACGAGAGGCUAUCCGACAGGAUUUUUGAGGGCUCUGAUUGCGGAGUUGCCCGAGUUGAGAUCUUUGAUUGUGUACGGUCAGUCGUUCACAGGAGCUUCUGAAGAAACGGAAGAAGACGCUGUGACCUUUAUCAAAGGUGCCAGAAAACUGAGAGCGUUGCACCUGCUGGAUACCUUCAUCACCGCUUCGUUUGUGAAGACGAUUGCACCUGUCGUAAAAAGUCUAGAAAAACCUUUGAUGUUUUUGGAAAUCAACUACACAUAUGGCAGAGGUAAUAACAAACUAACUGAGAGCGUACCUGCUGGUGAACUGUCUUCGCUUAUUCAUCAUGGCUUAAUCAGUUGCACAUUCAAUAUUGCACCACCCGAGAAUGCCAACAACGGUGUUGAUAUAGAGCCGCUAGACGAUGGUGUUCAAACGAUCGACAGUUCAUUCUCCGAAUUUCUCAUAACCAGCUUGGUUGGGGAAGACUCAGCACCAAGGUUCUUGAAAAACCUCAACAUCACUCUUUACACAAUCUGUAUCGAACAGUUCCGGUCACUCAUUGUUAAACAUGAAGGGCUCAUGGCGCUAAGCGCUAGUAUAAGCGUGAGUAACGUCGGAACGUGGAAGGGUAAGGUUUUCGAUGCAAUUGCAGAGGGCAGGAACCUGGAACAAGUCGAAAUCGUUCUUUGUCCCACGCACCAAGUUGGAGAGUUGGACGUCAGUUUAGACGAACAAAGAUUGGCGGAACUCUCAAAAGCAUGCAAGAAGUUGAAAACUUUCAAAAUCAAUCAGAGACGAUGCAUCAAAACCAAAUCGUCUCUCGAAUGUUCCGUUAUCGCUGGAAGCUGGAAGAUUGACCUGAAGCUACCAGAAGUUAGGUCUGAAGCAGCAAGAACCAAAAAACUGACAAAGGAGAUUUGGAGCCCGUGGACUUGAGCGUUGAAAAUCGAGUCAGUGACAAUCAGGGAUGUGUGCAACGUGGAGAUUUUCACAAAUGAAAAUAAAGAGAGAUAGGAUUGGGCCAAUUGACAGUCAAGCCAUUCUAUUAAGACUCCUGCUCAAAAUGUCUUGGGUAGUACCUUGCAAGAGGUGUGCAGAGUUAUGGUUCGCGAUAUGAUACUUGUUGGACGCCAGCAAACGAGCAUCAGCAACGAAGAGGCAACAGUCGCCUAGAUUCUUACAUCGUGCACGACAAACUCUUUUGUCCGAACGCCGGAAGUACGACAAGACGCGUUAUUCUGCAUCAGCAGCUGCCUUCUUGGCUGCCUUUUUGCUUGCCUUGCUCACUGGCUCGCCCGUCUUCUUCUGAUGUACGAUGAAUCUGGUAUCUAGGCACUUGUCAGACAGUUACGCUAGCAGAAAUAAAUGGGCGAACUUACAGCAUUCCUCCUUGUCCCACUCGAAUCCAGCGAGAUAGGGAGCAUCAAGCUCGUCAUCGGCCUGUCGAGAUCAUGAGCGAGAUUACCACAACUGGAU